AUGUCUGCAUAUUUCUUUGUUUCUAUCAUAGCUUAUUCAUUAAUUUCUUUCUUUUUCGUAUGUAUACUUUCAUCUUUCUUUUUCCUUUCUUUCGUUCACGCUUUCUUUCUUUCUCUCUUUUUUUCUCAUAUUUAUGUCUGCUUAUUUCUUUCUUUCUAUCAUUUAUUCUUCCUCUGUUUCUUUCUUUUUCGUAUUUAUACUUUCACCUUUCUGUCUUUUUCUUUCUUUCUUUUUCUUUUUUUUUCUUUUCUUUUUUUUCUCGUUUUUCUCUUUCUUUCUCUUAUUCUUUCUCUUUAUCAUUUGUUCUUUUUCUUUUUUCGUAUUUAUGUCUUCAUAUUUCUUUUUUCUUUUCAUUUGUUCUUUCUUUCUUUCUCGCUUUUUUUUUUCUUUUUUCUCGUAUUUAUGUAUUUAUUUCCUUUCUUUCAUUUUCGUAUUUAUACUUUCAUCUUUUUUUCUUUCUUUCUUUAUUUUUUCUUUUUUUCUCGCUUUCUUUUUUCUCUUUCUUUCUCGUAUUUAUGUAUGCAUAUUUCUUUCUUUCUAUCAUUGAUUCUUAAUCUUUUUCGUAUUUAUACUUUCAUCUUUUUUUUCUUUCUGUCUUUAUUUCUUUCUUUCUUUCUUUCUCGCUUUCUUUCUUUCUUUCUUUCUCGUAUUCAUGUAUGCAUAUUUCUUUCUUUCUAUCAUUGA